GCUCACACUUGUUCCGUGAAAGCAGCGUGCGCGCGCUGUGUGUUUUUAUUUUACUAUUUUAUCCUCUCGUGGAUGAGCACAGUGUGCCGCGUUCACAGCAGGCGCGUGCCGGUAUGAAGCUGGAGGUUUUCUCUGUGGCCGCGAUGUCGCCAGACUCUCCGCUGUCCGCUGAGGACGAGCUAGGCUCGGACGGGGACUUCGCAGCAUGCAGUCCGGCCCCGGAAACAGCGACACCGGUGCUAACACCGUCCGAGGAGGCGGAGGAAGCGGGCGCUUCAGACAGCAAGCCGAAGGCGUACGCGCGCCGUCCCAAGCCCCCGUAUUCAUACAUCGCCCUGAUCGCCAUGGCCAUCCGGGACUCGAGCUCCGGGCGCCUCACGCUGGCCGAGAUAAACGACUACCUGAUGAAGAAGUUCCCGUUUUUCCGCGGCUCCUACACGGGCUGGCGAAACUCGGUGCGCCACAACCUGUCGCUCAAUGACUGCUUCCUCAAAGUGCUGCGCGACCCCUCGCGCCCCUGGGGCAAGGACAACUACUGGAUGCUGAACCCGCACAGCGAGUACACGUUUGCGGACGGCGUGUUCCGCCGCCGGAGGAAGCGCAUCGGCAAGAAGACCAGCAGGGACCCUGGGUCACGGGAGCGCGCUCUCCAACGCUUACCUGCCGACAGUGCAGCCGGAGGCGCGCGCUUCACCGGCCCCUUCGCCAUCGAGAGCAUCCUCAGCAAGCCGUCGUUCCGGCGCAGGGAGCGCGCGGAGGACUUCGCCAGCCUCACGUUACAGUUUGCACCGUUUCUCAUGAACUGCCAGGCGCUCCACGCGCCCCCUACGCCGCUCUCCAGCCUCGCGCCUCAGCCGGCCUUCCUGAGCCCCGCGCCACGAUACACCCCUCCUUACUGCGCUCCACGAGAGACCCCUUACCACCCCUUCAGAAUUGACUCUCUGCUGUCCUGAGGACGAACACACACACAAUCAUAAAGGUCUACAGUCAUCACAACACAAACAUACACGACAAGACAAGUUUUGGAUGAGACAAGGAUACACACGGACAUGAUCGCGCUCAAGAGCGCACACACGCACAUGACCAGGCGAGAUGUGUUUAUUUGCAUGAGAAAGUUACAAUAGAAACACUAAGAAACACACACACACACACACUCAUUAUGUGCACUUUUCUGUCGAGUGAUGUGAAUCAUUUAGAACACAUUGCUGUAAAAUUGACUCACCCAGUGACUGUUCUGCGUGUUUGGUACUGAUUCAUUUCCACUUGUGUAAGACAGUGUCAGAAGUACGGUUUAUUAUGUGUAUUUAAGUGUAUAUAGUUUGUACCGUGAUGUUGAUGUUGUUGAUCAUUUUUAAAUAAUGUGUAAUAAUGUAUAAUGAGCGCGGGCGUUUUAGCUGCUGCGGAGCUGCUCAGAGAGAGAGACUGGAGUUCCUUUGUUAAUAAAGAUAAAAAAAGAUGCAGCGGUUGACACG